AUGAGUGAAAGUUUCUGGAAAGUUCCUGUAAUGAGCAAGAUUCUCGAACUGCCUGUCGAUUCGGCGAUUGGUGAAAGAGUUCGUGUUCGAAUCGGAGAGAUUCUUGGUAUCACUUGGAAUGGAUAUUGGACAGUUUUGAAUACUGCAAUGGGGCAAUUCGAGCUGGAAUUUGGGGAUUCCAAACGUUUUGAGCCGUAUAAAUGGCACUACUGUUCUAUUGUCGAGACGAAGUUUACUGGAGAAGGACAGACUCCAGUGAAGGAGUUCAUGAAUGAAGUAGACUUUUCACGAAAAGAUAUUCUUUGGAAAAUGGAUCCGUUUGAACAAGCACGAAAAUACAAUAAACUUGAACUGAAAAUUACUCGUAAAUCAGCUGUUGGAGUUCCAGAAAAGAUUUAUAUCAACUUUGAUUCGAAGAACAAAUGGCUCGAUGCUGAGUUUCGUACGAAAGAUGGAAAACAGCAAUUGUUCGCGAAUUCUGGAAUUCUUGCAUUCAAUUCUUCAGUUUUGAGAAAACGCUUAGAAAAUGAAACUGCGAUUGUCGUUCCAUCGAAAUUGUUUCCUGGUUUGAUCAAACUGUUCAAUUUUCUGCAUCCUCCGUUCGCAUUCGAUAAAGAAAAUGUGGGAGAGGUUCUCGAAUUGGUUCUGUUCUGGGAAAUGAAAGAAGUUCUGGCGAAAUAUGAAGAUUUUGUUAUCAGAAAGCGAAUUUACGAAGGACAAAAUCCGGUUGACACUGUGAAGUUGGCGGAAAAGUUCAAAAUGAGAAAGCUCUUGGAGUCAAUUUUAUGGAGUGACACAAGCAAUGUCUAUAAUCUUCUUGCCGAAAAUUGCUUCAAUACGUGGACUCGUGCUGCAAUGUUCGAUCAUAUUCUAGAACUUGAGGAAGAGGAAGAAGACUACGACGACGAUGAUCUAGAUGAUUAUGAUGAUGAUACUGAUACGGCUAUGGAAGUUUGA